AUGAAAAUCCAUUAUACUAAUAUAUUAUUGUUUCCUCUAAAAUUAAAUAUAUUGGUAAAUACCCACAAAAAACCAUCCAUCACAGCACGUCAUAUACAAACUACCAGAUUAUUAUGCGAAUGUGAAUUAUUUUCACCACAAAAUUAUGACAACGAUCCUGAAAUGAAAAGGGUCAUGCAACAAUUUCAUGAUCGAACAACACAAAGGUUUCACGAAUAUGACGAAAGGAUGAAAACUACACGCCAAGAAUGUAAAGAACAAUGCGAUAAAGAAAUACAAAAAAUUAUUUUAAAAGAUAAAAUGGAAAAACAAAUGGCAGAAAAGUUAAGCACAUUGGAGACAAAAAUAAACACCGAUGAUAUACCUACAUGUGUUUGCGAAAAGUCGAUGGCAGAUAAAACAGAAAAGUUUUGUCUUAAUUGUGGUAAAAACAUGGCAGCGAUUGCACCCUGGUGGGGGUUGGUCUGUGGUUCAGGGUAUGCAGGAUGGCUACAUUCUGCCAUGGCUGCCGCUAUUGACAAAGCUAUAGCUGAGGGUGCUGCGGCCGGUAUUAAAGCAGGACAUUUGGCGGGUACUAAUGCUGUUAUUGAACAAUUACGCACAUUGGGUAUAUACUUUGUAGGUAAUAAACAAUUGGAAACAAUUAUUGAUGUAACAAAUUAUAUGAAUGUGUCUUUCAUUUAUGAUAAAGUUUAUUCUCAUUAUAUCACGUUAUGUACACCUCGUCCUGUUAAUGGUCACCUUGUCAGUAAUUUUAACUUUAGUGAUCGUUUUUGCAAAUUGUUUCAUCAAAAAGAUCUAGUUAGUUUGGAUAUAAAAUCAGUAAAAGCUAUUAUAAAAAAAAAUGUAGAAGAAGCUGUUGCAGGAGCUGAACAAGCUGCUAAAGCCGAAGUUUCUAACGUGACUGCCACUAAAACAACAGAAUUUACAACAAAAAACAUAGCCGAAGUAGAAGCUGCAACUACUUCCUACUAUACUCCCAUAAUAGCAUCCAUCGUUGCAAUAGUAAUCAUAGUUUUAAUUAUGGUGAUAAUAUAUAAGAUUUUACGUUAUAGACGAAAAAAAAAAAUGAAGAAAAAACUCCAAUAUAUCAAAUUAUUAGAAGAAUAG